AUGUUUAAACAGAUAACAACACAAAGAUACAUACAUACUACAAUAUACAAUACAUUUAAUACACCUAAAGUACAAAGAAUGACAAAGGAUAUUAUAAACUUUUACAGAGAGAGAGAUGAUUAUGGAUGCUUCAGUAACUUCUCACAUCACGUAGUCAACUACAAUGGUGAUGAUUGGCUGACCAGCGAGCAUUACUUCCAAGCAAUGAAGUUUGAGAAAACACCAUUGUACAAUCAGAUUAGAGACGCAGAGUCUGCCGCAGUCGCCAAGAAGCUGGGUGGCUCUAGAGAAUACCCACUGCGACCAGACUGGGAGAGAAUCAAAGACCGCGUCAUGUAUGACAUUGUUCUGGCCAAGUUCAAACAACAUCUAGACAUCAAAAAGGUUUUGCUGGGAACUGGAGACGCCAAGAUUGUAGAGCAUACUAGAAAUGAUAGUUACUGGGGCGAUGGUGGAGAUGGAAGUGGAAGGAAUCAACUUGGUCUUACUCUAAUGGAAGUUAGAACUCACCUCCGCGCUGAACAACAACAACAACAAGAACAACAGCAACAACAACAACCAGAUAAUAAU